AUGGAGAGGAAAGAACAAAGUUUGAUCUUCUAUACUCCCAAGGUUCCCAAAAUACAGGGGAACCGGAAAUACCAACAGCCUACCCUCCCCACCAACAAAGAGCAGACUGCCUUGAUGCCAACCGAGAGACAGCGGCAGUAUAUGGAUCAGACACACACCUACAUCCGAAUGUUCUGUGGCAGCCUCUGUGGCUCCAGCUUCCUGAUGAUGAUCUGCACGUCCCCACUGAACUGGGUGCAGUUCCUGGCGACCAAGAAUGGCCUUGAGCUCUCUGCAGGACUCUGGACCUUAUGCAAUCAUGAGCUGUGCUGGGGCCACACACCCAAGCCACCCUAUUAUCUGCAGUAUUCCAGAGCCUUCUUCCUCAUCUCUGUCCUCACCAUACUCCUUGGUCUUGGCUGGCUCUUUGGCUCUUGCCUCUCUAGAAGAGAGCAGCAACUUGAAUCCAAGACCAUCAACUUGGAUCUGAAGGAGUCCAUGUUGAGCUUCAUGUCAGCCAUCUCCUUGCUCUUCUGUCUCAACCUGUUUCUGGCACAGGUUCACUGGCAUGCACGAGACGUCAUGCAGUCAGAUUUCCUAUGGACCUAUUAUCUUAACUGGUGCAGUGACAUCUUAUACAUGUGUGCUGGGGUCAUCUCUUUCCUCAACUAUGUAAGUUCCAGAUAUCUUCCCUCUGAUCAAAAUGUCACUGUGAUUCCAACAGAAAGGACAAGACUGGGGUUUGGCCCAGUGACAACAGUAUUACCAACUACAGAUGAAGUGUAA